GAGGAUUGCUUCCUGACAAUGGUAUGAUGUACAUUCCCCAUAUUGCUCAUCCAUACUUACGGUCAAAGGAAGCGUUUUUCCACAAGGCAUCCUGAAACUGUUGGCACCAUGGAAACUGAGUACUCCAGGCGAGUCUACCAGGGAGUAAGGGUGAAGCACACAGUCAAAGACCUGUUGGCUGAAAAACGUUCACGACAGACGACUGGACCACGCUACAAUGGAGUGGCCUCUCAACAGACAUUUGUUCCAAUGCAAGGCCCCCAUAUGCUUCCUAGUUACUACAGCAUGCGGAGAUCUUUCAUCUCGGACACCGAGUUCUGCCCGUCGGGCAAACAGUUCUCCACAGACAUCUACUCCUCGUCGCUAGGGGGCAAACCUCUCUCCUGUGAUGCCACACCUAUGUCUGGCUACCCCUUCAUUGACGGGUACUACCCGGAGUCAUUUGGAGACUAUCGCAAUACUGCCCUGAACACUGGGGGGAGCUCUGUGUUCACCCAAUCUGCACUGUCCUCACUGCUGCCCCCCUUUGGUACAGAACCCUCACAACUACUGAUGAGGGACUCCUGGGAGCAGGCCGGGCCUGAGGCUGUGACACAGGUGGACGGUUUGUCCGGUGAGGGUUUGCCACCAGAGACCAUUCCCAGCUCAUUAACCAGCACCGAGUCCGGGAGCUCCUCGCAGUGUCCAUCUCCACCGCACGGCGCCAGCAUGCCACCCCCCCAGCCGUACCCGCUGUACCCACCUCUGGACGAGGCCCACUACCCAGGCCUUUACCAGCCGUCGCCCACCUUCCCCUGUGCACCCUACAUGACUGCAUCCAGUGACCUUGGCACCAAAAUGCCCUCCCUGCCAACGGAGGAGUCUGAGAAUGCGCCAGCGGCACUCAGCGACAGCUCCCCGUGGGUGAAGAGUGAUGUAAAUAGCUCCUGGUCCCCGUAUGAGCUCCGCAGGACCUUCUGAGGGACAUGGAGGCUACCUGGACAAGCAAGACUACCAACCAUCUGGCAGCAGUUGAUCACAUUUUUUUAAUGCAUCAGUCAUAACAGGACAUUACAUGGCAUCACAUUUCAUAUAUUAUUGGAUCAUUUCUAUUGUAAGUGGAGAGGUACUUUUCAAAUUACCUUUACCUAGUCUUCACUAGUUACAAAAUGAAUAGGAUAUUUUUUUUUUUUUUAAAUGAGCUGUAUAUAACAUAGAAUGAACAACUGAUUCAUUUCAGCACAAUGUAAAUGCUUGCUCUGCCUAGGACAUUCACUGACUAUCUUUAAAAUAAGAGACAUUUUUUUCUGGCAAGUCCAGCUUGAUAAUCAGUGAUUGAUAAUAAUAAUAGUUAUAGUAAUAAUAAUAAUAAUAAUAAUAAUAAUAAUAAUAAUAAUAAUAAUGUGGUGAUGACGAUGAUGAUGACAUAUGGUACUUUUUUAUAAUCUAUUUUUUAUGGUAUUUAACUGUGUGAUGUCUAAUUUGUUUGCACUAACUAACAGCAUUUAAUAAACAUUUCAAGUGAAGUAUCUUUUGGCAGAUGCGCUUGUUGUUGAAUCAGAUUAUGUGUAGGUUUAUGAAUAGACACUAGGUGACGCUGUUGUAUCACACCUCUGUUGGUAAUCGAUUUAUUCUGUUUUAAAUCCUGCUGUCCCUUUAGCCGUACAGCCCUAGAAUAUUGUACUAAUAGGCUAUUGUCACUUUUAUAUGACAUUAAGACCCAUCACAUUUUCACAAGGCAUAGUUUAAUAAAUUCCUGCUGUCCCUCUGGGUAAUUGUUGCGUGUCAUCUGUGCGCUGCCUGGACGACGUUGGGGGCUUAAAACACCAAACGCAUCUGUACCGCACCCUUGCUAUUCUGUUUACAGCCCAUCUUCCGAGGUAUGCUGGCACGCGCCUACUGUACGAGUGUGAUUUUUAAUCCCUAGCACAUCUGUUUCUGUUUAAUCUGUAUGUGUUUACUCUAUCUGCGUGACCAUGAAGGCUUCAGUGACCCCUCACAUGGUCUACUCAGAUUGAGGACUACGACGUUCAAUAAAAAGAAAAAUAGCCUAAUUCUAUUAGGCUAUUUCUAUUCUAUUAAAUUGCAAUAGACUAUAAGUUUGCAGAUUGCAGACCACAGAAAAUGUCAUAGCCUCCUGUCAUACCUUCCUGUCGAUGUUGAAAAAUCUAAAUGUUUGUUUUGUUUGCAGGUAACAAUGUUUCAAUUGUUUCCAGCCUAGGUCGGAGUCAUAUCAAUAAAGUUGUCUAAACGUAUCCAGUUUAUGCCUUAUUUCGAAAUUCCAGGCGAAAGGGAACAUGUGAAUUAUUGACAC